CGACCAGUAUAGACUCAAUACCCUGAGCUGCGCCGCGGAUGCUCCCACGCCCACGCCAACGCCACAAACACCACCAUGCCCGGUCUACCGUCUACCGUAGACCUCGAUGAAUGCAUAUCGCGCCUGUCGAAGAAAGAACUGCUCGCCGAGUCGGUCGUCGAGGCAAUAUGCGCAAAGACCAAGGAGCUGCUCAUGAAGGAGAGCAAUGUCGUGCAUAUCAGAGCGCCCGUCACUGUCGUGGGUGACAUUCACGGGCAGUUUUUUGAUAUGAUGGAGAUAUUCAAGAUUGGCGGACCAUGUCCUGAUACCAACUACCUUUUCCUGGGCGACUACGUCGAUCGUGGUCUUUUCUCCGUUGAAACAAUAUCACUCCUUGUAUGCUUGAAGCUCCGCUAUCCGCACCGAGUUCACCUCAUACGCGGCAACCACGAAUCUCGCGGAGUCACCCAAUCUUAUGGCUUCUACACCGAAUGCUCGCGCAAGUACGGCAAUGCGAACGUAUGGCACUACUUCACCGACAUGUUCGACUUCCUCACUCUAUCCGUCGUCAUCAACGACCAGAUCUUCUGCGUACACGGCGGCUUGUCACCGUCGAUUCACUCCAUCGACCAAAUUAAAAUCAUAGACCGUUUUCGAGAAAUCCCGCACGAGGGACCCAUGGCGGACCUGGUUUGGAGCGACCCCGAUCCUGAACGGGACGAGUUCUCGCUUAGCCCGAGGGGUGCAGGCUAUACAUUUGGAGCACAAGUAGUCAAAAAGUUCCUCGAGGUCAACUCCAUGUCGCAUAUUCUACGCGCACACCAGCUAUGUCAAGAAGGGUACCAAGUCCUGUACGAUGACAGGCUCAGCACGGUCUGGAGUGCACCCAAUUACUGCUAUCGGUGUGGCAACAUGGCGAGUGUACUGGAGGUCAGCGACACCGGCGAACGCUUCUUUAACGUCUUCGAUGCGAGCCCUGAUAACGAUGUCCACCGGGCAGAGCAGCAGCAACAACAAGGAAAGGAGGUCACAACGGAGUACUUCCUAUGAUACCCAACGAACAUAGCGAUGCAUUACUGGUUCGGCGCGAACCUGCGUUUAUCGGCGUUGGCAAGAGGCACGGCGUUCGGACGAGAGUAUAUUGGUUAUAUACAGUCGAGCGUGAAAUCAAAUCAUAUAGUGAAG